UAGAUCAGCCAUAAAAAUUAAAAUCAGCUUCUCGCUAGCUUGCUUCUUGAUUGCUUGUUGCUUCGGAUUUUAUUGAUAAAAAUUUCAUGAAAAGUAACGGAAAAUGCAGUGUAACUGUAAAACUUUUCUUUAAAUGGUCUUAAAUAAGUAAAACAAAAGUGUAAAUAACGAUCUUAUGGUUUAUAUUGUGAAUAUGUGUUUGGAAAGAACUUCACGGGGAUGAAACAUACAUAAGCUUUUUAUUUAGGAAAAUAAAGAGAUACUAGCAGAAUGGAGCAUGCUGAUUUGGUGUCUGAGAUGGCACAGGUGGAGCACCUGACUACUCAGGAGCGGCUUCACCUAGCCCGUAGACGUCGUUUGCAACAGCUUAAAAUAUGGCAGCAGAGAGAGAAGGAAUGGGCAAGAACGAAGGCUAGAAGAGAAAAGAGCAACAAGAGAAGUAUAUACUUCAGUGAUAGUGUCAUGCUGCUGGAGGCCGCUGCGAGGAAUGAUAUAGAAGAAGUACGACGUCUGCUCGCACGUGGCGUGACACCGGAUGCAACAAACGAAGAUGGAUUAACAGCUUUACAUCAAUGUUGUAUAGAUAAUAACGAAGCCAUGAUGCGUCUUCUACUCGAUAAUGGCGCGAACGUGAACGCCGAAGAUAGCGAGAAGUGGACGCCCCUACACGCGGCAGCUACUUGUGGCAAUUUAAACCUAGUACGGAUUUUAAUACAGAGAGGUGCAAACUUACUGGCUGUGAAUGGGGAUGGGAAUAUGCCGUAUGAUAUAUGCGAAGAGGAGAGAACGUUGGAUGCGAUAGAGAGUGAGAUGGCGGCGAGAGGAGUAACACAGAGACUAAUAGAUGAGACCAGAGCGGCGACGGAGAUGCAAAUGUUGAUGGAUGUAGCGGAGAUGGUUAAGAAUGGCAUGGAUUUGGAUGAGCCGAGAGAUAGUCAAGGUGCGACACUGUUACACGUAGCAUCUGCGAAUGGUUACUUGAAGGUGGUGGAGUUCCUAUUGGAGCAUAGAGCUUCAUCAGAUGUGAUGGAUCAUGAUAUGUGGCAGCCGGUCCAUGCUGCAGCCUGCUGGGGGCAUUUAGAAGUAUUAGAGCUAUUAGUACAAUAUGGAGCCGAUCUCAAUGUAAGGAAUAAGCAUGAUGAAACACCGGCAGAUAUAUGUGAGGAGGGUGAAAUGCGGGCACGUAUAACGCGUUUAGCAGCGGAGCAAGAAGAGGUGAGACGUCGUGCCGCCAGCGGAGCCGGAGACAGAUUGAAGACUGCAAGGCGAUCUUCUUCUACUGCUUCCACUAGCCGGGUACGUUCCGUUCGACGCACUUCACUCCGAGAGAAGCAAAUGGCAGCGAAGGCUGAUGCAAGGGGUGAAGCGAGACUUCGAGAAACCUUCGAUUCGGCGGUUGAUGAUGAAUGUCAGGGCUUAACAAACGGUGUCGAUAACGAUCCGAACACGAGUCUAUCAGACAUCAAUACACGGUUGUCUGUCAGCUCCACAACUUCUAACCACAGCUACGAGUCGGAGAACGUAGACUACGCCGUACCGAAACAUUCCUACCGUACCGAACAGGACAACUAUCAACCAAAAAUUACCAAUCCAUUAUUCGGUGUGAACGCAGCGUCGCAUUACUCACCGGCUCCGAUACAAACGAUACAAGAGAACGAUAAAUAUGAACGGACCUUGCCUAACGGUAUACGAAAAGCGCCGGAAGGACAAGAUAAUGAUGGUUUUAAGGGCGAAGAUGCGCUCGACGGUAGGAAAGAGUUAAUUCCUAACCAGAUUGCCAUCGCUGACGGCAGUACGGCCACGUACACAACAGACAAUAAUGGUAAAAUCAAUGUUCAUGUCACCGUCAUGAUUAAUGCAGGCACUCUCGCGGAUCUUAAAAAACAGCGCGCGCAGAUAAGAACAAACGGGAGUCCCGUUGAAUCAAAUGUGAAUUCGAAUAACCACAGUCUGAAUUCCAUACCUGAAAAGCAAGAGAAUCUAAUAUUAUCGCCAAGUUCAGGUACUGUGCCAAGGUUUUCAGGACACACGAGUGACGUAGUCGGUGACACUAAAUCGCAUAGGUGUUGUAUCAUCAUGUAGAUGGCGCUGAAAUAAAUGCGGAAAAUAUAACAAGAUGGCGCUGAAGGGGAUUUACAUUUUCGGUUGGCAUGUGUCAAUUUUAAGAUGUCAUUUUAAAGGUCUUUCUAGCCAGUGAUAGUUGCAAUACGUAUUCCCGUGGCAAAUAAAUGUACCUUAUUUGUUCUUGAAAUAGAUAACUGCGUUAUACGUGUGUCAAUCAUACUUUAAAUAUUCCAUGUGAGAAAUAAAAUUUGUCUAUUUCGUGUUUAAACUCCCAUUAGAAGGCGCUGAUUAGGUUUUGUAGAGCAAGUUUUCAAAACUCACAAAUCUUAUAGGCGCCAUCUAUUGUUGAACUCUUGUAUAAUAUCUUAAAUGGACGUUUUCGACGUUGAAAAUGUUAAAUGUCUAGUGAAUAUUUUAUGCUUCAUGCCGAGAUUUAUAAACGUUAAAACCAGGGCCUCUCAAAUUUUCAUAUUAUUUAUUAUUGCCUAUAGAAAAUUGCCAUUGGCUUGCCAAUAGGGCGUGUGAUAGUUAUAAGAAUUCAAUGGUCUUUAAGACGACAAAAUAUGAAACAUAAUGAUUGAAAGUCAGCGUUUUAUACGUUGCUUAAUUAAUGAGAAUCAAAAUAAAUUCUUUGAACUUACACCUUAUUACGAUCAAAAUAUAGAGCUCAUAUCUUUAGUAAUGUAUAAUAAUCGCAUUUAUCAAGUAUUUAGUAAUUUAUUAAAUGAAUAUGUAUUUUAUCUAUAAUAUUGCAUAUGAAUAUUUUUUGUCUACCCUACUUUUUAUUAUGUUUUUGAUUUGUGUAUUCCAUUUGAAACAUUCCAUUUAUUCCAUUAUCGUUGAAAUUGCCUGUUAAUAAUGUGAUAUCGAAGUUGUGAAUGUUCCAAUUAUGUUACUGUGAAUAUGCAUGUCAUGGGUAUUUUAAUAUGGUUUUUUUAUAGUAACUGUAUUUAAUCAAAUAUAUUUAAAUAGUACGCGGACUGACGCCUACAUCAAUAUUUAUUCAUAACUUUAUGAGAGGAAAAAGAGGGUAGUUCAGAAUAUUUUUAAGUCAUUGUGAGUUUUAUCAAUGUC